AUGUCUUCAGAAAUGAUGAUAAAUAUUACAGAAACAGUUUUUAACAAGCUUGAAGAACAAGUCUCUUUAGAAGAAUUAAAAAAUGCAGAAUUGCUAAAUUCAGCUGAAUAUCUUUAUAUAAAUGAAUUAGCCAUAAAUUUAAAUAUUUCAAAUAUAAUUGAUCUUCAAUCUCCAAUUUUUCAUUCUAAUGAGAUUUAUUUUAAUAAUGAAGAAAUAGAGAAAUUUUAUGAAAGUGAAUUUGAUGAUGAAAAUGAUAAAUAUGACGUGAAUGAAAUUAUUAUGAGUAGACUAAAAAGAAUGCAAUUUUAA